CGAGAGGCUAAUGUUUUAGAUAAGCACGUGACCAGGUCGUGCUUUAGGUCUUAGGCUGUCCCUUUUACUUCUGGGAUGACAUGUGUUCGAGUCUGAGCGACUAGUCAAGACAAACUACGAGUUGCAAGACUUUGAGUGGAAGCAAACUCGCGGGAGAGAUAUGUUGGUGAACGAAAAAUGGCACGAUUGAUGAGUUUUUGUGCACCAAAUUGGAUUCAUGUACUGGCGUAUUCUCAUCCUCACCUGUUGGUCUGUUUUUUCAGAAAAAUGUAAUUUGUCAUCAUACAACACACACUCAUAUCAAUUCCUAUCAUAACGACGUAUGAGGCCACAUCAAAAAGAAAGUUUUUAUUGGUGCAACCGCGGCCUUCGCAGGUUUUUUUGUCCAUUUUCUUUCCAAAUCUACAAAGGUGUUCGUGUCUUACUGAUUCCUAUUCUGAGUAUCUACUGCCAGCUUCCAAUAUUUAGAAUGAUAUUUUGUCAGUUAUUUUGUCUCUGUGUCGCUUGGCGCAUUCGCCUCACAAUGGAUCUACUGCAAAUUCGGCUGUAGUCUUCGGACUAGGACAAGAUCACAUGAACAGAAAAAUGUUGAAAGAUCAUUCAAUCUCUAAAUCACUGCAUACAAAGUUGCAUCUUGUCAUCGUUCAUCUUCCUUCGCUCCUGCUCUAGUAUACUAAUUAAUCAGGUACGUAUAUUGCCCCUAAGCCUAAUGAAAAAAUCAUUGCUGAGUUUCAAUUUUAUACUCUAAACCGAAUUUUUUAUAUCAAUCCAUCUCGAAAAAGUACUGGUGAAGCUAAUGCUAUGAAUGUCUUGCAAUCCAAAACACGCAUAGGGACCUGUUGGGACGGAAGAAGAAAGUAUAGUAAAGUCCAAGUGGUUUGGUUGUGGGGAGGGGCAUUCGAAUCAGAACAGUUUCUCCGUUUGUUUUUUGUGUGUAGUUGAUGGAAGUACCUCGUUAGUGACGCUAGAUUUGACGUUCUUGAAGGAUGGCCAGGAACUUUUCUACAACGUCAUCGUCAGAGCACUUGUUCGCUUGAUGUCGCAUCUUCUUCGCAUGAUUAACAGUUUUGAGUUACCCAAAUUAGAUCUGAUUGGGAGUAUGCAUUUUUCUCCACAAUACCGCUCCUUCCUUGGUUUGAUUCUUUAAAUUUGAUUUGAUCUUCUGUCCAGUAAGGACAAGCGCCUCAAUGCUCUCCCAAGAAUUAUAAUAUAAGUUUUGAGAUAAAAUAAAGCCAAAAUUAUACUUGUUUCAGAUGAUAAUUAAACAGUCGGCGACAACAAUUAUUACUCCAAAAUCAGAAAGAUGCCGACUCUAAAGAAGAAGCCCGUGAGCAAGAAGCCAGUGGCGAAAAGCGCUGCGAUGAUGAAGAAGGCAGUGGCUAAAGCUACGCCGGCGAUGAAGCAGGUAGCAAAGAAAGCAAGUCAGGGCACGAGAGGUAAUCCGCGACCGAGCGCGAAGGUCAUGGCUAGUAAGAGUUCCUCAUCUUCUGCGCCAAGUGCUAGGGGGAGGGCCGGAAGCAUGGGCUCAAACGCGAGCAGCAAGGCAGCUGUCAAAGCGACGUCACCAGGAAGUGCGAUGAAAAAGCAAACGACCACAACCAUGAAAGCUAGUGCUUCAUCGUCGUCGUCGUCGUCGAGUGGAGGAGCGGCAAAAGCGUCUUCUUUCUCAUCCUCCGGGAAGAACGCUGUGAAAGCAAGCGCAGCAGGUUCAGCGGCAGCUUCAUCGACGACGCAAGUGCCGCCCAUGAAACGUGCGAAGAAGGGGGGUGAGGAAAAACACGUUGGAACGAAGCUGCUCCCACCUCUAGCCGACUGCUGGUGGGAUCCAGGGAGCAAGAACUGGGUGGCUCCGCAAUCGAAGGAGGAUCUUGACGACGUGCAGUUGGUCGAGGUAGUCAAGGAUCGAACAUGGGUGAUUCAGCUCGUGCCGAGUUCACGGAGCACCUGUCGGCGAUGCGGCGAGUUCAUUGAGAAAGGACUCUAUCGUGUCGGUUAUCCCGUGAAAGACCGCCGCGGGGACUACUGGGCGCUCUCGCACUGGCUCCAUCUAGGCUGUGCGAGCUACAGUUUUUACCAAGACCCCUCACUAUGUGUGACGCUCUACGACGACAAGAAAAAAGCGAUAGUACUAUGAUUCUUUUGAGAAGAAGUGGCUGUCUCUGUAUAGCAAGUCGAAUCUAAGUACUUGUCUUCAGUGCAGAUGUACCGACAUACUUUGCAGCAGAUCAUGAUGUUGGAUUUAACGACUUGGAUCUGCAGCUGUUAAACUAGUACCCACUACACCAAGCUUUCUUGUGAAUGUUGUGAAGAUGAUGUUUAUCGAGUAUCCACAAUCAUUUUUUCUUCAGACAAAGGAGCUGUGUACGAAGGAGAUGGUAAAUUUUGAGGAUUUUGGCACUGCAGAGAAGAACAGAAUUGUGGCAGAGUUGCAACCAAAGCUCGAGGAAGUGGAGGAUGAACUGGAGGAGAUCGACGCGGGUCCGAAGCCCACCAUGACGGUUGAGGGUUUGACGGUGCCGCUUCUGAAGUUUCAGCAGGAGGGCCUGCAUUGGCUAGUCGACCGCGAAAACGAACCGGGAACUCGUGGUGGCAUUCUCGCGGAUGAGAUGGGUAUGGGAAAAACGAUCCAGAUGAUCAGCGUGAUCCUGAAGCAACGUAAGUCGCCCACCCUAGUUGUGUGUCCGACCGCAGCUGUGUUGCAGUGGCGCAACGAGAUUCACCGAUUCACGAACGAGAUUGAGGUACGAGUAUACCACGGCGGCGCGCGCAAUUCGUUGCUGGAUUUCACCGCAGCGGAUAAUGGCAAAAUCAUCGUGGUGAUUACAACUUACCAGACAAUGGAGUACGACUACCGACAAAUCGUAAACGAGCACAAAAUCGCGUGUGAGUAUUGCGGAAAGCGGUUUCUGCCGGAAAAACUAGCGUUCCAUCAGACCUACUUUUGCGGCCCCGACGCAAUGCUCACGGAAGCGCAGCAGAAAACGGCGCGAAAGGAGGAGGCCGUGAAGCAUAUGAAAAUCGGUGGCAAAGAGAGCGACAUCAUCUUCGACCCGGUAAAAGCCCUUAGAAAAGCAAUGAUGACCGAGAACAAGCAGAAGUGGGCGGAUUUGCGUAGUGGCAAGGCCAAAAAACCGGAUGCAUCAGACGAAGACGAUAAUGCUCCGCCAUCAAGCUCUUCGUCCUCCGCUAAGGCGAAACCUAAGGCAAAGAGCGGCGCCGGACGCAAAUUGAUGAUUGGUGGCUACGAGACGAACAUCGAGUUCGCGCCGGUGAAAGAGGACGGCAAGGGCGGUGGAAAGCGAGGCGGCAAGAAGGCCAUGCCUUAUCUACCGUUUCCCUACACGGCUCUGCCAGAGGAGGCGCAGUCUAAGUUGCUCGAAGACGAGAAUGAGGAGGAGGAGGAGGAAGUACAACAAACGACUGCAGCGAUGAAGAAAGUGACGGGCAAGGCAAAAGCAAAAGCGAUUUCCUCAGCAUCCUCGAGUAGCAAGGCUCAGGUGCUGGACGAAAGCGCGAUGGCGGAACAAGUCACAAACAUGUUCGACAAGCUGAAGAGGAAAAAAGGCGGCGCUGCGAAAACUAGUGAUGGAACUGCUUCUGCGUCUACGGCAGCUGGAUCCGCAAGCACUUCUAGUAGCUCUAGUGAGGACAAAAGUGGUGGUUCGAUCGAUCUGACUGCUGCGAAUCCUUUGUCUGCAACCGCCUUUAGCAUGAAGCGAGGUGGCCCGUCGUCCUCCUCGGUCACAGAUCUCUCCAAGAUGACGAAAGCGCAGAUCGCGAAGGCGAAGGCAGCCGCGAAAGCCACUAGUGCUGCCGUCAUCAAAGGCACUGACACGCUAGAUCUCACAGGAACUGGAAAGCUUCCCUCCAAUUCGCCGGCGAUGAAAAAGAGGAAACAAGAGGACGCAAAAAGUACUGUCUUUGAUUAUGAUUUUUAAUUCUUGAAACUUCAUUUCAUUUUGCCAUUUUUACUUAGUCGUUCUUGUGCGUCUAUCUUCAUCCCCAUGGAAAAAUAUAUAACUCUUCUGUGUGUGGUGAAAUUGAAUGCUGUGAGUGAUGUUGCGAUACUAGAGAAAAGAUGUUUUGAUGCUGAGUAUCUCGUCACUAGUAGACUAGAUGGGCUAUCGUGAAGAUGCGCUGUGCUGUUGGUCACCGAGUGACAACUCCAAUUUUGGUGUCUCUCUAGUUGUCCUCUCGGAAGCGGAGCAGGCGGGUGGCGUCACUGUUGCUCGGAUUAUGAAGGCACGAGCACAUUAUGUUCCACUCAUCCAGAAGCGUAUUGAUGCGAAUGAAGGACUCGUCUUCGGUCCCGGGAAAGAAUUUUCAUUGCGCCAGCUGCAGUACGCGCUCCAGGAGUAUCGCGCGGCGACGGCCCCAAUCGAAAUUCUAUCACAGCAGGACGAAGUGGAGAAGAAGGCGGAGGAAGUGCCACCUAGUUCUCCAAAGAACAAAAAGGCUAAGACGGUGCAAAUAUUCGAAGAGCAGACGGCCCCCGUUAGUCCGCACAAAAAAAACGCCCGACAUAAAGACGAUGAACUGUUAAAGCCUGCCCCGACGCCCUCCAGAAGCCAGAAAGGUUUCUCCCUUUUUGGAAUCGACAGCACAGUGCAUCAGAACGAAAAGGAAAAAGUCAUUUCGAAUAGAAGAUGAAUAACAGUAGGAAGGAUCAUAAUGCUUUGAUGACUGGCAAAAAGGAAAAGUUUAAAGUAGACCUCCGCAAGAUCGUAUGAAAACUUCGUUUAACUAUGUUUUCUCUUAAAAUCAUUUGCAGGCGAACAGGAAUCCGAAAGUAAAAGCGGCAAGGGAUCGAAGAUGGCUACUGCGAAAAACAAGAAGGCGGCUGAGGAGCCAGCUCCAAAAACGAAACCGUGCUGCGGAAGAAAGCUGAGUAAGGCAGAGCAGGAGGCGAUAGAUAACGCGACCGCAGAUACCAUCGAUGGCGCGAGGUUGCUGUGUGUACCUGUGGAGAACGAUGGACCAGUAGAUGAUACUCUGGACUUCACAAAAAGCCCUUUGUUCUCCACGGUUUUCGAGCGCGUUAUUCUAGACGAGGCGCAUCGCAUCAAAACGCGCACAACCAGUACUUGCCAGGCUGCUUUCGCAUUGCAAGCAAAUACGAGAUGGUGUGUGUCGGGGACACCACUUCAAAAUCGUGUAGGCGAACUCUAUUCUCUGGCACGUUUUAUUCGCCUCAAGCCAUUCGCUUACAUGUUCUGCGAGAAGAAAGACUGCAACUGCUGUUUACUCGGUACUCUUUGCGCCUUUGAUUUUGGGAAAUAUGUAUCAGGAUGAGCUACAGCUUUUUCAUUGGAUCCAAGUUGAUCUUUAACUUGGAGAAGCCUUUUUGGAAUUUACAGUACGACAAUCAUUCGUUCCCUUAUCAUGAUGAUGAAUUGCUUCGUCUCAACAACGUUUCUCAGAUUUCAAGUUUGGGCAAGACUACAUGUGCGAGCAUUGCGGACACGGAAAGAGCCAACACCGCAAUUAUUUCCAGAAGCACAUCACUUUGCCACUGCAGAAGUACGGUAACAACGUAGGACUCGGAAAGAAGGCCAUGAACUUGCUCAAAAACGAGGUGCUCGCGAAAUCGGUUCUCCGCCGAACCAAGGAGGAGCGAAAGGCCGACCUGAAUUUGCCGUCGCUGACUAUCAUGGUACGACGAGACCAGAUGAGCGCAAGUGAGAAAGAUUUCUAUCAGAGUAUGUACAUGCAGACAACCACGGAAUUCAACACCUACGUAGAUAAGGGAACCCUAUUGCACAACUAUGCGCACGUUUUCGACCUCAUUAUGCGUUUGCGACAAGCUGUGGAUCACCCAUACUUGAUCAUCCACGGCAUGGGACGCAUCGGCCAGGCGAACAUUCCCUCGAAAAGUAUACUUGAUACUGCUUCUUUAAUCUGAUUAUUGUGUUAUUCUUAUGAUUUAAUUACUAAAUUGAUAAUAGUUCUGUUGUAAAUUCUUGAAAUGUCCGCUUAGCAUUGCGUUAUCACCUCCAUCAUAGUGAUUUUGAAUUAAUGUAAAAUCGUUCUUUCUAAGUCAUCCUUCACUGGCCCAUCAAACUUUUAAAUCAGGCAAUAAGCUCGAAGACGGUAGUGAGGUGUGCGUCUUAUGCCAAGAUAUGUGCACGAGUCCGGUGAUAGCGAAGUGUGGGCACGCAUUUCACCGUGACUGCGUCAAGGAGUAUAUUCAAGACGCACCGGAGCUAGAAUCGGGAGGUGUCGGCUGCCCUUGCUGCUUCGCACCGCUCACCGUGGAUCUCGGUGCUUCCGAAGACGGUCCUGAUGGUAGUAGUCCCGAAGAAGAGAGUUCUGCGGGUGAGGAGAGCAGCGACGACGAGGGGGGCCCUUCCUCCAAAAAUGAACACGACAAGAAGGGUGCAGCCGUAGGUGGUGACAAAAAAGUAGUAGCGAAGAGGACGAGGGCGAAGAGCUUCAUCGACCAAAUCAACGUGAACAACUUUGAGAGCUCCACCAAAAUCGAAGCUCUCAUCGCGGAGAUCAACUCCAUUCCAGCCGAUAGUAAGGCGCUCGUUUUUUCGCAGUUCAUUCGCUUUCUGGAGCUGAUCGAAUUCAGGCUAAAGCGGGAGUGCAUUCCGUGCGCCAAGCUCACCGGAUCGCAGUCGAUCCAGCAACGGAACAACAUCAUUUCCGACUUCCACACCAAUCCCAUUGGCAGCAAGGUCCUGCUUGUGUCCCUGAAAGCCGGCGGCGAGGGCUUGAAUCUGCAGCGCGCCAACUACAUCUACGUCAUGGAUCCAUGGUGGAAUCCAGCAGCAGAACUGCAAGCAAUGCAGCGCGCACAUCGCAUUGGGCAAACGAAGCCGGUCGUAGCGAAGCGAUUUAUCCUCAAAGACACUAUCGAAGAGAAGAUCCUCGAACUCCAGCAGAAGAAGCAGGCGGUCUUCGACGCUACAGUCGGCAAAGCUAAUCACGCCUGGGGCAAACUCAGUGCAGAAGAUCUCAAAUACCUUUUCACUCAAUAG